AUGGUCGUUCCUGCGAACACGCCUGCCAUGCCUACCAUGCCCACCAUGCCCACCAUGCCCACCAUGGUGGGGCGGCGCAGUCGUUCUGGUAGUGGUGUUAGUCUACACGGAAGUGUUGGGGGUGGUGGUGGUGUUGGUGGUGGUGUUGGUGGUGGCCUACGGAGGCGGGCUGUGAGUAGUGCUAGUCGUGUCAGUACUACUAGUGCCGGUGGACGGCGCAGUCGCGCUGGCAGUGUUGCUAGUGGUGGCGGUGGUGGAAGACUACGCAGUAGUGCUGGCAGUGUUGCCGGUACGAGUGUCGGUAGUGGUGGAAGCACCGACUAUUGCUGCGGGUUGAUGGAUAAUGAGAAGAAGAACAAAAAAAACAAGAGUAAACUUACGAUACCCGUCAAGAGGAGGAAGAGAAGAAGCAGCAGCGUUAUCAAGGGGAAGAUGAAGGAACAAAGAGGACGAGAGUCGUCAGAAGGUGCAGCAGCAAAGGAACGGAAAGAGAAAGUGAGGAAAAGCGGCGGGAGUCAUCAUUAUCAGCUUCACCGGCUGAAGCUCUUGUUGGAGAGAGAGAGCACGUUGCAGCGGAAACUCAUGUUGGAGAGGGAAAUAUCUCUGCAGCGGAAGAUCGAUGCGAAUCCGGAUUUUUCGUACAUGACAUGA